AUGGUUGAUUCUAGCCAUGUGGAGCAGACAAUGUUCCUCAUUCGUUAUUUGGCCAAGGAUGAUACCGAAUUUGCAGUUCAAGAACGAUUUUUAACCUUUGUUGAUUAUUUCCUCAAAGAGUAUGUGGGCAAAUCCAUCCAUGCUUUGUCAGGUACUCGUUGGACAGACCGAGUGGCAUGUGUGAGACCAUUUGCAGCUUAUUUUGCUGAAAUACGACUUGCGCUAAAGAAACUUCUGUCUCUCAACCUCACGUCAAAAACCAUUAAUGAAGUUAAUGGUGUAAUCAAAAACGUGUCAUCCUUCAUUUGCAUCCUUAUGUCAUCGAUGUUGCUGAAGAUUCUCGUACAGAUCGACAGGAGAAAUCGGAUCAUCCAGGCAAGAGAUGCUACAGUGGAUGAAGAUGAUGAACGAGGGAAGAACGUCCUAGAAUAUCCUUGUGAUGGCUCUGAUGAGCCUGAAUCUGAAUUCAAAUGGAAUGUCUUCUUUGUUGUCAUUGAUUCGGUGAUUGACAGAGUGUCAAAGCAGUUUGAUGCUGCAAACACAAUUAUUAGAUUGUUCUGUAUUCUGUGGCAGUAUCGAAGCAUGACAGAAGAGGAGCUCAAACUUGCAUGCGCAAGAUUAAUGGACAAACACCCAGACGAUCUCUCAGAAUCCAUGCAAGAGGAAAUGGGGCACCUUAAGGUAAUACAUGCAUCAAACUUUGGUGAAGAUAUGGGGCCAUAUCAACUUUUAAAAACAAUAAAAAGGUACAAGUUAGAUGGCAUUUUUCCAAAUCUAUGUAUUGCACUGCGAAUAUUUUGCACAUUGCCUGUUAGAGUAGCAUCUGCUGAGAGAUCUUUCAGCAUUGAGAGCGAACUUGCUGGGAGAAUUGACUUCAGUGAAAUAAUAAAAACAUUUGCUUUAAAAAAGGCAUGUAAAACAUGUUUCGUUUAG